AUGGGAGACGAUAAGCGAAAAGUGCCCCAGGAGCAGUGUUCAGCUGGGAAACUCCCGAAAAAUUUGUCGAGUGACAAAACAAUCGAUAUUAAGCAACUAGGCUUUAUAGAUAUGCAUGUCAGCAGCUACGAGCUUACUCAUGAGUGCAACGACCUGGCAAAUUGGAUAGAUAAUGGGCUAUAUGUAACACGACACUCGUUGGAAGGGAAUCAUUUAAUUUACGGUGUAACGAGAGGACUUAACGACGAGGUUGUUGAGGGAAGCGGGAGGCGAUCUACAAUCUUGAGCGUGACGAGAAAUGUAAGAGUCGCACAAAGAGCACAUGAGUUGUUGGCAAUUAAAAUGAUAUUGGUGAAGAAUUACUUGGGUCCGACUUCUUUGCAUAAACCGAGUACCUCAUCUCGUGCUCCACUUACCUCACAAAACUUUGAAACGUAUAAGAAGCUAUGGUUUCAUGUUACCGUCCUCAAAACAAUACUUCCGCAAGUAAUGAAUACGGAAAGUCUGGACUUCUGUGUCUGUGAGAGGGUUCACGUCGAUACCGGCGAACCCUUCGUAAUAUUAUUUGUACUCUUUCCCCCUGAAUAUAAGACGAAGAGUAGCUGUACGAAAAGGCCGGAAGCUAACUGUAGCGGCAGACAAGGCGGAAUUCGAAUUUAA